CUCGACUUGACGGCAAGAGCGUACCUGCCGGAGAAGGUGUAUAUGUCUUCGGUCCUCCGGAGCCUCUCCGCCCUCCUGGCAACCCAGGUCAUGGCGAAUGAGCUCGCCUCCUUCUAUGCCGACCACGCACGCCGCGCGCCUUGCUCUGUCGGUAAGGCCUCCCUGCUCGGCACCCGCGCAGGCGGCGUCACCAUGAGGCUCGCGCUCGAGACGUGGGUCGGCGGCGGCACGCUUGCGAUCGCGCUCGACGCCGCCGACCUCCGUGUCGCCAGUGCGUCCAGCGCUGCCGUCUCGCCCGAGGAGCCUCCUGAGAGGCUCGCGUCGGAGCCCGCGGCGGCGCCGGCGCAGCGGUCCGCGUUUCUGAUCGUGCUCUCGCAGCUGGCGCCCGCGGACAAGACGCUGACGCUCCACCUCACGCCGACGGCGUCCGCGCCAGCAGCGGCCGCCGCCGCGUCCUCGGGCACCGCGCUUGCCGCCGCGCAGAGCCUCGCCGCUCAAGGCGUCUUCAACGCCCGGCAGAGCUGCUCAGAUCGCCUGCCGGGGCCGCGGCGUCGUGUGUGCGAUUGCCGACGCGAGCGAGGCAGGAGGGCGGCUCGCAAGGGGCGUUCGAGGCGCACUACUGCGGGCCGCGAGGCCUCUGCUGUUCCGAGGCGGAC